CGAGGGAGCCAACGUUUGUCCGCAGACAGUUUUUCCAGGUUAUGUGGCCAGCAUGACUAAGCCGCUUCUGGCGAAACCAGAGCAGCUAAUGUAAACGCUGUUUACCUUCCCACCGGAGUGGUUCCUAUUCAUCUACUUGCACUUUGACGUGCUUUUGAACUGCUAGGUUGGCAGGAGAUGGGACAGAGCAACGGGAGCUCACCCCUUCGCGGGGAUUCGAACCAAGGACCUUCUGAUCAGCAAGCCCUAGGCUCAGUGGUUUAGAUCACAGCGCCACCCGUGUCCCUUAUUCUUCGAUAGGAGCUAUUAAUUUGCAUGUCACUCCAGGACACAAAGGCAGAGAGCAUAAGGAAUCACAGGAUGCAGCUUCUCACUGCCAAUCCCAGGCCUGUCAGGUCCAUUCAGAGGCUGCUCAUGGGAAAUGCAGACUUCAAAUGAAUUGGGUCCCAUCUAAAGAUAGGAAGUUUGGUUAAAAAGGCUUCUGCUGGCUGAGUCUCUUAAUGACCCUUUCCUGAUAACCUUUCAUGAUAACCUUGAAAUCCUCUUGGGAGCCUAGGAAGUUGCCUUUCACUGAGCCAAACCAUCAGGUCCUUCUAGCUCAGCACUGCCUGCACUGCAGUGGCUUCUCCAGGGUUUGGGGCAGGGAUCCUCUUCCUGGAGAUCUCACUGGGGACUGAACCUGUGAACUCCUGCCCUCAAUAAUGCUGGUCUUUCAAGAACUAGAAUCUCCUGGCACUUUUUAUGUGAUUUGGCAUUCCUUUAUGAGAUAUACAGCAGACCUACUCCUACUAUGUGCCUAUUUUGUAGUUUUGUUUUCACCUUUUGAUUUUCAACUGUUAUAAUUGUUCUCUCUCUUCUACAAUAACAAUAACUAAAGAAGUGUGCAUGCACACAAAAGCUCAUACCAAUAACUAACUUAGUUGGUCUCUAAGGUGCUACUUGAAGGAAUUUUUUUUAUUUUGUUUCAAUAACAAUAACAUUUAUACCCCGCCCAUCUGGCUGGGUUUCCCCAGCCACUCUGGGUGGCUCCCAACAUAUUAUUAAAAACACGAUAACGCAUCAAACAUUAAAAACUUCCCUAAACAGGUCUGCCUUCAGAUGUCUUCUAAAAGUCUAUGCAUUCUAUACAACAGGGACGUCCAACUUCCAAGAGGCUGCGAUCUGCUCACAGAUUGACCAGUAGAUCGCAAUCGACUUGUUGUACGUGCUUGCUAUACAUUAUAGAAUGAAAUAAUAAUACAGUCCUGUACAGUCCUAUUAUCGUACAGUCUACGAACAGUCCUGUUAAUGAACUAUUCAAGCAACGAACUCCGCAAAACCGAAACUGGGGAUUCCCUUUCCAAGGCAAAGCACAAACAGGAAAACAAAGAUGCAGGCGAUGACAAGGAUCUCCCCAAAAAGAAGCAGAAAUCUGGGAAAUGGCAGCAGAUGGAGAGACAGCCUCAUCUCAAGCCCAAAAGUGGCCAUAGAAAAAAAGACACACCGGUAUAUGCAGCAGGCAGCCUGGAAGAGCACUGGCAGCUGGAGAUCCUGAGCAGAGGCCAUGUCACUUGUCCCACCUGCAGGGCUGUUGUGAGGAAGACGGUGGAAGGGCUGAAGAAGCACAUGAGCAACUGCCAGCAUGAGAUGCUCACAUGCCACCACUGUGGGAAGCAGCUGCGGUCUCUGGCAGGAAUGAAGUACCACAUCAUGGCAGACCACAACAGCCUGCCGGUGGGGACAGAGGCGGCAGCCUGCGAUCUGGGCGAGAGAGGGCGCUUGCGGAGGGUGCUGAAGCGGAUGGGGAAGCUCAAGUGCCCAAGGCAGGGCUGCACAGGCAGCUUUACCAGCGUCCUGGGCUUCCUCUACCACACGCGGAAGUGCGGGAAGGAGGCUGCCGAGCUGGAGCAGAUGGCUCUGAAGUGCCAGCACUGCGGCAAAGCCUACCGCUCCAAAGCGGGCCUCGCUUACCACCUGAAGAUGGAGCAUGGCUCGAUCUCCUUGCUGGGCCAGGACAUCCAGCCGGCCCCCCAGAAGGAGGUGGCAAGCGCAGAACCCAGCAGUGGAGGCCGCCGUGCUCUGAGGAAGUCUGCCCAGGCAGCCGCCCACCACCUGCAGGAGGCCCUGGCCAAGGAGGCCCUGGCCAAGGAGUGGCCCAGGCGGAAGGUCUGGCAGGACCUGGUUCCCGAGGACCGGAAGCUGAAAUACACCCGCCCAGGACUGCCUGCUGUCAGCCAGGAGGUUCUGAGCAAGUGGAGGGCAGAGAUCAAGGCGUGCCGACGGGUCCGCUGCCCAAACCAGGGCUGUGAGUGUGUCUACAGCAGCAUCUCGGGCCUCAAGUCCCACCUGGGCAGCUGCAUCUUGGGGGAGUUUGUGGCUGGGAGAUACCGGUGCCUGCUGUGUGAGAAGGAGUUUGUGUCCGAGAGCGGAGUCAAGUACCACAUCAACACUGUGCAUGCGCAGGACUGGUUUGCCGUUGGCACACACACCGCCAAGAGCUUCAAGAAGCUGCUGAAGCAGCAGCCGGAGGAGGCGGAGCAGAAGAGAGCGCCCAGGAAGCCUCCGCCCAGCGGGAGCUGCAAGAAGAGGCCACAGACUGCUGCCUCCCCCAAGAAGGCCACCCCCAGGCAGGAGGCAGCGGGGGAGCAGGGGCAGCAGCAGCCCCUCAAGGCCAGCUGCCCCCAGCAGACAGGAAGUGGGAGCUGUGAGGAGGAGGAGGAUGGCCCUCCCCCUCUGAAGCUCAGCCACAGGAGAGGGAGGGAGUAGCAGUCCCCCUCUGGUCUCUCAGGGUGGGGGGGAUUCAUAGAAAGGAAGGGGAUCCUCUGGCCACACCCCUCCUUGCCUCCUGCCCUCCAGCCCCCCUCAGGCGGCCUUGGCUGCUCAAGUGACUGACUGGGGAAGGAGCCCCACUCCUCCCCCCAAUGCUCAGCAGGGCUUACUUCUGAGGAGGCACUUCAAGGACUCUGGUCCUCCCCAGGUGAGGCCACUCUCUCCAGGUGAGGAGCCACCAGAGGUGGGACUUCUUUCCUGGCCUCCGUCGGGCAGGGGGUGAGCUGUGCCCCAACCCCCGGGAGUAAACUGGGCACUGCAGACGGAGCGUCGCUGAAAAUAUUACGAUAGCCAAACAUUCACGCAUUCCAAGGUAAUUUUUGCAUUAAAUUAGUUAUCAAAAACCAAAAUUAGCUACAUGAAAUUACUAAAAUUGUGACUAAAAGUUUUAUAUAAUCCUCUGGGUAAUUUGCAUUUCUUUAAUAACAUAAACCAGAACAGCAUAUUGAAUUGUAUGAAGUUUGCUGGUUUUCCUGGGUAGUAUUACACCCAGGUGUAACAAUACAUGAAUUCCAGAUUGUAUGUCACAUCUUAUAGAUAGAUUUGUACAUAAGAUGGAUGGAUUUUCUUCUGUACCCAUUUCUGAGUGUUGAGUUUUCAAAAAACUGUGGGUGCCCCUCCCGUGUCUUCCGGCGUAUCAAGGCCCCCUGGAGCCUCCCACAAGAGGUGCCCUUUUGCCCUGCUGUUCCUGAGGACUCUCAGUCAGGAGAGGCAGUCCUGGGAAGGUGGCUGCACCCACCGGGUGCCAGGCUGACCUCACAAUGUGUUGCUGUAGCAACAAGAUAAACAGAACUGCAAGAGGAGGAGGUGGUGGUGUCACUUGGUCCAAGCUGGAUUGCCUGGGAGAGUAGCUGGUGCAUUGGGGACAACCACUGCUGGCCUGGCUCUCUGAGCACCAGCCUUUCAGAGGGGUGGCAAGGGGUCCAUAGGGCAGGCCUCCUUUCAGUGCCUCUGGAGCCAAACCAGCAACUCCCUGCAAUAGAGGCAUCUCCUGUGCCAAACCAAGAGAGGUGUUGACCCUUUGCUUUCCUCCGUUGCCUGUCUUGAAGGCAGCUGUGUGGAGGUGGCUGAUCUUGACUGACCCAGGCCUGGCCAGGGGUCUGUGGCCCUGAGAGCGCGGCCAGGGCGAGGGGGCUAGGAUGCAGUCACUGGAGGCUGGUCCCGGGGACUGGCAAGCAACCGAGCUGGCCAACCUCUGCCCACCCCCUCUAAGCCGGGGCAGCGGGACAGUGGUGGAGUCCCCGUUGCUGGACCCUCUGCUGCUCAGCCAGGAGGUGCGAGAGCAGCUGACAGCUCACCUCCAACGGAAGCGGCUGCAGCUGCUGUGGGGCUUGCCUGGCCUGGUGCACAGCUCGCUGGAGAGGUCUGUGCCGGCCCUGCCGGGCUUCCUGGCAUGCACAGCCCCGCAGGCAGCCACUGACCACCAGAGGCCCCUUUUCAAGGUGGAGAGGCGGCAGUGCCUGGAGCACCACCUGAGGGAGAAAGCGGUGCAUCGCAAGUGGGGCCUCCCCAAGAGGGUCUGCAAAGCCCUCUGCUGGCCGCUGCCCCCUCCCGGGACACCUCUGGCCCAGGCAGCCCCACAGCAAGAGAGGCCCUCUUCGAAAGGGAGCAGCUCUCCAAAGCAACACAGUGUUGCGGCAGCACUGGCUCGUUCUGCCAUGACCAUGGCAGCCAAAGGCGGCAGAAGCUGGUGGAGCCCAGAAGGGACACAGGAGCCUUUGCCACUGGCCUCGGGACUGGCACGCCUGCCUGGGAAGCAGUGGGAAGGUCUUCCAGGGACUGAGAAACGGGAGCUGGGUGGGGAUGGCCCCUGGAACAGCCUGGCCACCUUGGAGCUCCUCCAGGUCCAUCUGCCCUCAGCCACAGCCCACCCGGACGGGGCUCGGAGCCUGCCUGGGGAGGCGUGUGCUAGCGUGGAGCUCCAGCGCUGCAAGAGGCAGCAGCCAAGCUGGGGCCGGGCACCCCUUGCCCAAGGAUGUCCUCCUGCAGAGAAGCGUCCUCUUGCUGCAGCCGCCCAAGGGAAGAUGAAGCCUGAGGAAGGGGUCUGGCUCCCACUUCAGCCGGCCGGGGAUUCCCCUCAGACUGUCUGGGCCAUCACAGAUACCCAAAGAGAGCUGCCCCCACCAACCAGCAAACGGGAUGCCGCCCAGCUGGAUCUGGUCCUUUGGGAUCUGACCCCAGCCUUGGUUUCCCUCACAGGUGGGGGGGAGCAGGCCCCGGAGUGCCGCCAAGAGAGCCCCCCUCUAACUGAGCGGCCUUGUUGUGCUCACUCCGCAUUCUGCCGCCGCCACCAUCACCACCAGGAGGCUGCUUUGAAGCCCUGUCCCACGAGCCUCCUGGGGAAAGCUAUGCCUCGCACCCCUGAGGGGUUGGGUGGGCAAACUAGUUCACCACGAGCAACAGACCUUUCCACAACCGGUCCCAGAGCAAAUCCAGGAUGUGAAAGAUUUCUUACGACUGACAAAAAGCAGUACUUCGAAUUCCACCUGCGCGAGAAGCUUCUGCAUCAGCGGUGGGGGGUGCCCAGGAGGGUGAAGGAGUCUGUGGCCAGGUCGGCCCUCCUGCAAAGCACCAUCAGGUGAGCCCCCCCCCGACCUGCCCCAUGUGACGCUGCCAAGAUGCAGGAGCCCAGCUGGCUGCAAGGAGCCUCGCUGUUCCUCAAUGCUGCAAGGAGAGGUCCAGAACCCCAUCCUCACCCCUGAGACACAGAAAUCAGAUGAGGAGCUCAAGCUGUUGUGUGAGCAGCCUGGCUAGAAGAUGGCAGUGCAAGACAGGCAUGCUCGUCAUACUGGGCUUGGAUGAGUCCUCAGCGCCACUGCUUUGGACUGGAGUGCAGAUACUUUGAGCAGGAAAUAAAUAUAUUGUUUCUGA